AUGGGGGGAAGUAGGGAAGGGGAUGGGGGGAAGCAGGGAAGGGGAUGGGGGGAAGCAGGGAAGGGGAUGGGGGAAAGCAGUGAAGGGGAUGGGGGGAAGCAGGGAAGGGGAUGGGGGGAAGCAGGGAAGGGGAUGGGGGGAAGCAGGGCAGGGGUUGGGGGGAAGCAGGGUAGGGGAUGGGGGGAAGCAGGGCAGGCGAUGGUGGGAAGCAGGGAAGGGGAUGGGGGGAAGCAGGGAAGGGGAUGGGGGGAAGCAGGGCAGGCGAUGGGGGGAAGCAAGGUAGGGGAUGGGGGGAAGCAGGGUAAGGGAUGGGGGGAAGCAGGGCAGGGGAUGGGGGGAAGCAGGGCAGGGGAUGGGGGAAGCAGGGGGGAUGGAGGGGGGAAGCAGGGAGGAGGGAGGGGGAAAGCAGGGAGGAGGGAGGGGGGAAUUCCUCCCCCUCCGUCCUUCCCCUUCUGUGUCCUUCCCCCUCUGUCGCUCCAAAUUUGUCCUUGCCCCUCUGUCUCUCCCCCUCUGUCCUCCCCCCUGUUCCUCCCCUCUCUGUCUCUCCUCCUCUGUCCUCCCCCCUGCUCCUCCCCUCUCUGUCUCUCCCCCUUGUCCUUCCCCUUCUGUCCUUCUCAUCUCCCCCACCCGUUCCCUUCCUAUCCCCCGCCCAUCAAUCAUUCUUUCAUUGUGACACCAUCCCCCCCUCAGCUGUCCAUCCCCCUCUGUUCCCACCGCUCUGCCCCUCACAUCAGUAUGCACUCACUGCGGUUGGAAGGAGCGAGGGCGUAUAAGGGAGUUGCUACACCCGAUGCGCGGGCCGUCGACUUCAGCUAG